AUGAUAAGCUCUCCGCUCAAAGCCCUGAGCUUCGUCAGUUUCCCAAAACCCAACGCCCUCAAUCGCUCAUCCCUCUCGCCCUUCAGAUUCAGGAUCCCGAGAAGGUUCUGGAGACCAACAGUGAUCGCAAAUUGUUCGAACCCUCAAAAUCGUAGCUCAAAAUGGAGCAAUUACGGCUCCCCGUUAAAGCCCUUUUCCAAUUUACUCCCAUUUUUUCAGAAAGUCAGGGACUUUACUGCGAAAUCCUCGGGACAAAGGCCCGUUGGUCCUCAGGAGUCCGAGUUCCUGCAAAACGGCGCGUUUGGGGCGGCGCUCAUGAGCGUGACGGCUUCGGCUAAGGUUAAAAUCAGCCCUAUUGUGGCCACCCUGGCUGCGAACCCGACAUUCGUCUCCGGCAUGUGUGCGUGGGCGGUCGCACAAUCUAUUAAAGUUUUCUUGAAUUUUUGCGUGGAGAGGAAGUGGGAUUUUAGGCUUAUGUUUGCCUCCGGUGGGAUGCCUUCUUCCCAUUCGGCGUUGUGCAUGGCCUUAACGACCUCCGUGGCCAUCUGCCAUGGAGUUGCUGAUUCUUUAUUUCCGGUUUGUUUGGGCUUUAGUUUGAUUGUUAUGUACGAUGCUAUUGGGGUUAGACGCCACGCUGGUAUGCAAGCUCAGGUACUCAAUCUGAUAGUCGAGGACUUGUUCCAAGGACACCCAAUACGUCAAAGAAAGCUGAAAGAACUUCUCGGUCACACUCCUUCCCAGGUCUUUGCUGGGGCUGUUCUCGGCAUUCUUGUUGCUUGCAUGUGUUGCCAAGUCUCCCUGUUUCCAGUCUGA